AGUCUGGCACAUUUUCCAAUGCAUCAUAUGUUCCCUUCUGUGGGUCCACAUUGAUGCUUUUGUUGGUUCAAGUGCAGUUCUAUAGAAGUAUGUAAGUAGGCAGCAAGUGAAUGCUUACUUUUGUAAAUGGCAUUAAAUAAAUCUAGACAAUUUGAUGGUGCUAAAUAGUGGUCACCAGUUUAUUUGGGAUACUCUGAAUGAACAUGUGUAGUCUGUCAAAAAGCCUGCAGGUCUUGAUAUGAUUCCCUUGAUAAUUUUACAAUAUUUUUUUGGUUUGGUUAAGCUUGGAUAAUAUUGGCUAAAUACUUUAGAAAUAUAUUUUAGAGCUUUAAGAUGCCUGAUAACACCAGAUCCAAAUUGGAUGGGCCCAGAGGAAAUUCAUCCAUAGUGUCUUCGAUGCAACGAUUUCCGAAGAUUCCAAUACUCAUACAUGCCGUGUAGUUUCUGCAGAUGGGUCACCCUUCAUACCCCGGCUCCUGGUUGUCACAUUUUCAAGAGCCAGGGUUAUGUUCAGUCGCCACAGAACAGAAAACACUGAGGAUGGUACUACUUGAUCUCAUCCAAAAAAUAUUUCUCCUUUUUGCUUUCAUUUUGGACAAUUUUACAUAUUUUGCGUUUGGUAUUUUACCUGGGUUCAUUCCUCCAUCCCACAGAUGAUAAUAACAUUUACCUUUUGUAUUUAGGAGACUUCUGUAAUAAAUUCUCACUGUUCUGGUGGGAUUCUUUUCCCACUUAUUUCAACUGUAGUUGUAGUUCUUCCAAAGCCUUGUUCAUCUGGACUCCCAUGUCGAUCGUGCCUUUGCUGACCAAGCACUUUAUUCAAGAUUAGAUCCUCUAAUCUGGACGCUUGUGUGCUUUGUAUGAAUUAUUUUGUUUCAUUGUGGUUGUUUGACAUUGGCCUAGCAUACUGCAUGCACCAAAUCUCUGCUGUCAUAUUCACAUAAGGUCGUUGGAAUUAUCACAGCAUUUAUUCUCAUGAGUAGCUAUAAAGAUAAUUGAAAUUGACAAUAUUCUAAAAUGUAUUGCCAACCGAAUUCUCUUCAUUUCUAUAAAAUUGCGGUUGCUAUCUGUACAGCGGAGAUGCUGCUCUCGCGAGAUUUGCACGAGGGAUUUCGAUACGAAGGGUUGCGCUGGUGGACCAUGCAUUUACAAGAGGAAGUUGCCAACUUGCCAUCAAUAAGCUUUGUCCCCAAGAUAAAAACUUUGAAAGAGCUUAAGCGAUUUACAAAUGAAGACCAUUUGGCUGUCCACGAACACAAACAUGAGAUGACACUAAAGUUUGGUCCAGCAAGAGGCAACAGUGUCACAGUAGCUGACCCAAAGCCAACACCUACACGCUUUUUGAAGUACUGUGAGGAAGUUGGACUCUUCAACGAGCUUACCAGUCCUAUGGACUUCAAAAUAGCUCCCGUGGGUGACAUCAGAAAGAUGCCCUUGGAUUUGUCGCCUCUUGCCACACCGAUGAUCAUGCAUAACAAAAUUGAGGACCACUCAGCUGUGGCGGCACAUUGGGACAGCCCUCUCUGCCCCAUCCAGAAUCUACAACAAGGGAUGACAUGGUAACGAAUUUGGUUUACUUCAUACAGUGAUAUCCAGGUGAAUUAGUUGAUAUAAAUGUAGGCUAGAUCCUAGUUUUAGUUGGUAGAUCCUAGUUUUAGUUGGUAGAUCCUAGUUUUAGUUGGUAGAUCCUAGUUUUAGUUGGUAGAUCCUAGUUUUAGUUGGUAGAUCCUAGUUUUAGUUGGUAGAUCCUAGUUUUAGUUGGUAGAUCCUAGUUUUAGUUGGUAGAUCCUAGUUUUAAUUGGUAGAUCCUAGUUUUAGUUGGUAGAUCCUAGUUUUAGUUGGUAGAUCCUAGUUUUAGUUGGUAGAUCCUAGUUUUAGUUGGUAGAUCCUAGUUUUAGUUGGUAGAUCCUAGUUUUAGUUGGUAGAUCCUAGUUUUAGUUGGUAGAUCCUAGUUUUAAUUGGUAGAUCCUAGUUUUAGUUGGUAGAUCCUAGUUUUAGUUGGUAGAUCCUAGUUUUAGUUGCUAUAUCCAAGUUUCUCAAUAUUAGUUGCUUGUGACACAGGGUUGGUCCUGGUUGGUCCCUGGAUGGAAGACCAGAGGCUGCUGGAAUUGGUGUUGGAGGGCCAGUAGGUGGCACUCUUUCCUCUGGUCUAAAAAAAUAUCCCAUUGCCCCAGAGCAGUGAGCAGUGAUUGGGGACACUGCUCUGUGUAUGGUGCUGUCUGUCGGAUGGGACGUUAAACGGGUGUCCUGACUCUCUGAGGUCAUUAAAGAUCCCAUGGCACUUAUAUGUAAGAGUAGGGGUGUUGACCCCGGUGUCCUGGCUAAAUUCCCAAUCUG